AUGGAAGAUUGCCUCCAUACAUCUUCUGAAAACCUUUCCAAGCUGGUCAGUUGGGCCCACAGUCAUGGUACCAUCUGCAGCCUCAUUCCAAAUUUAAAACACCUACUUUCAGAGGGUUCCCAUGGCAAUUUGACAGCUAUGUGGGGCUGUAGUGCAGGCCAUGCCUAUCACUGGCCACUGACAGCUACCUGUAGGGCUGGCUCACAGGAAAGAGUUUGCUUCCAGGAUAACAGAAGCUUCAACUCUGAUAGUCCCAGUAUAAUAGGUAUGCCUUCAGACACCCAAACGAGUCCAGUGGAACGCUAUCCAGGGAGGUCAGGAAAAGCAAAGUUGGACUGUAACAGAACCAGAGAUUCCUGCGAUUUCUCCUACUGCAGCGAGCCUUCUGAAUUAGGUGAAACAGUAGAGGAAUAUGAAGAUGAAUCUAAUCUUUUUGACAUGGUCUGUGAGUCUUCAGUGACCGAUGAAGAUAGUGAUUUUGAACCUCAUCAUCAAAGAUCUCAGAUAAGUUCCCUUAAAAGGCCUGGCCCAACUUCUUCAUUUCAUUUGGACUCUCGCUCUCAGGUCAUUGAUGGAAACAGCAGUGAUGUAUUAGUCAAAAAAAUAAAGCAAGAACUCCCUGAGGAUUAUUAUAUUGUGGCUAAUGCAGAAAUCACUGGUGGCAUUGAUGGCCCUGCAUUAUCCUUGACACACAUGUCAAAACCUAAAGCUGGCACCUCCUAUCCUGUGGCAUCUAAGCCAGCUUCCCAUGCAUCUCCUCCCCUCAAUGCUGACUUUGAUUUACAGAACGUUUCAGCCUCUUCACAAGUUACAUCAAGGCCAGUGGUCCAGAAACCUCCCAAAGUAACUCUGCCUUCCUCAAGCCGAAGGCCUAGUAACAACUCAACAGUAAAUCCUCAGGUGGCCCUCCAGGUGCCUGCCAGCACUUCCAAUCCUGGCAAACCUAUAAGCAUUCCUUUAUCAGCCUUGCAACUCCCUGGGCAAGAAGAGCUGUCAGCCUCAGAAGAUCUCCUCCAGCCUGGGCCAAAUCAAGUUCCCAAUGAUGUAGCAUUAUCUCCUUCUGUUAGCACAGAGCCAGAGGUUAGCUCUAGCCAGCAGCAGCCAAGCACUGCUCCCUCCACAGUCACUGAGCCAGUGGCACAGACAAUACCAGCCUAUUCAACAAAGCUGAAUAAGUUCCCCAAAUUCAAUUUUGAUGAUGACCUGAAGUACCUUUGUAUCAGUGCUGUGAGCCCAAAUACAACUAAAGCAACUCUGUAUGCUCUCAAUGUGUGGCGAUAUUGGUGUAUGACAAAAGGCCUGAAAGAUUACUUGGACAUUACAAAGAUUCCAGCAGUGAAACUCAAUGAACUCCUUGAGGAUUUCUACGUCACUGUGAAGAAAACAGAUGGUUCUGAUUUUCUGGCCACAUCUCUUCAUGCCAUCCGUCGGGGAUUAGAUCGGAUACUGAAGAAUGCUGGCAUCGGUUUCUCCAUCACAAGUGGAAGCUUCAGCUCAUCUACUAAGAAACUCAAGGAGAAGCUGAGGGUGCUAAGCAAGGCUGGAAUGUCAGGCGCUCGAUCUCGCAACAUUGUCUAUUUCUCCCUUUCUGACGAAGAAGAGAUGUGGAGGAUUGAGUGCUUGGGGGAUGGAAGUCCACUUGCUUUACUAUCCACUGUGGUAAAAUAUAACAGCCAGUACCUGAACAUGAGGACGUUACAGGAACAUGCUGAUUUAAUGUAUGGUGACAUUGAGCUACUGAAGGAUUCACAGAAUCGGCCCUUUUUUGCACGGACAGAUAACGUGAAACGAGAGAAAAGAUUGGGUUUGAGUAGAGUAUGUUAUGGCCAGAUAUACCAUGAGCAUGCCAAAGGGCAGAGGCUGUGUCCCUACUGCCUUUUAUACAAGUACAUGUAUAUCCACCGGCCCCCAUCACAGAUGGAAGCCAGGUCCCCUUUCUACCUGACUGCUCGGAAGGAGACGAUGGCUAUGGGCAACAUUUGGUAUGAAGAACAGAAGAUGGGGUUGCGCUCUCUAAGGGGGAUUGUCCCAAAACUAGCUAAAAAGAUCAAACUUGACCAAUGUGAAAACUUCACUUUUGUCUCCUUCACUCAGGCCUCCCGCAAGUUUGGUUCUCUUAACUCCUAUCAGUAAUGGUUAA